AUGUGCCCCCCGUGGCCCAAGAGGCUGCUUCCGCCGAGUCAUUGGGACGGCGAAGACGGGCUGUGUGCCGGUGGUGUGGUGGGGCCCAAGUCCUGGAGCUCCAGCGGCUCCAGCGGCUGGGGCGGGCCCUACAAACCUUGUAGGGCAUUGGAGGACGAGCGCCAAGGAGAGGCCCAGAUGCACGGCGACCCUGGCAUCGAGGCGAAUGCCGCAGACACCCUUCUCCCCGCACGUCGUGCGGUGGCGACUCCUCGUCUGGAGGCCGCCCGCCUCAUCGCGCUCUCUGGGGGUGGCCUGUGCGGCUUCACCACCGUUAGGUUGAAGAACGUGGACUUGACGCUCACGCCGAAGAAGUUGGCCCAGGUGCUCGUCAGUCAUGGGUUCAAGAAUUCCUUCGAUUUGGUGUACAUUCCCCUGGACAUGGUGAACAAGACGAAGAACCGGUCACUUGCGUUCGUCAACUUUGUCUACCCUUCGGCGGCGGAGAGCGCCUACAUGAAGUUCCACAACCAGGAGGUGCCGCCCAACCUCGGAGUGUGCAAGAACGGGAAGCGGCUGGAGAUCACUCCAGCGUACGUGCAGGGCUUCAAGGACAACAUCGCGUGGAAUUGUGACGCCGUGGCAUCAGGCCAGCCGACGGGGUCCCCGGGCACCUACGGGCCCGGCGAGGCAGCGCUGAGCUUCGACCCGCUGCGCUUUAGCUGCCUGGUUGCUGGCUGGUUGGCCUGCUGCGCGUUGGGAGCAGAGUGCCGACAUCGCCGCAUGGAGGCUGAGCUGGCCGAGAAAGGCACCAACCUGCAGCUUUGGGCGACCGAGGCGCUCGACGCCGGGGAGAAGCUGGCCGAGGCCCGGUCGCGGUGCACUGCUCUGGAGGCCGCGCGGUCUCGCGCCGCCGAGGAAGCCGAAGCGUGGCGCCAGGCGUGUGCGAAGGAGGCGACUCGCCGGCAGGAGGCGGCACGGCGACAGAGGAUGGCCGAGAGGCUCGCCCAAGGGAGGAGCCAGGCGUGCGAGUACGAGCGGGCGCGCAGAUUCCGUGCCGAGGAGGCCUUGGCGGGGAGCCGCGCGGACGUCGACGUGGACAACUCGUGGGCGUGGAUCGACGGCCUGUUGGCAUGGAUCGACCGCCUGACGACCCACCUCGAGCUGGGGGCCACGAUCGCUGAGAACCUGCAGGCCCGCGUCGACGAGCUCGAGGCUGCCGCAGAGACGGGGGGCGAGGCAGGAGUAGGUACCGCGGACUUCGUCACGGAGCCACGCGCCGCUGGGGACGUUGAGACCGAGCGGGCGGUCCCGCCGCCCUCGCGCGAGCCCGGCGGGGAGCCCGAGGAGACCAGCCUCGGGGAGCAUCGCGCCCUGGGCGACUCCGCGGCUGCCUCGGGCCUGGCGCCGGGAGCGGGCGACGACGGCGACGACGACGCGGGGGUGCCGGGAGGGUCAGAGGUCAAACUGGUCCGCGCCCGCGAGGACGUCCACGGCGCCCGGUUGCCGGCGGGCGCGCUCACGGGGCACCGCUCUGAGCGGGCAACUGCGGAGGCGGCGGGGCGGGCGCUACCGGAGGCCAAACAGCACUGGUUGACGGUUGUGCCCGAGACCUGGGAGGUCGCGCCGAUGGAUCGCGAGGAGUCCCCACGAGAAGCCCCGGGGGCCCUGGAGCUGGGGCAGCCGCUGCUGGAUGAGGCUCGCCGCCACCGCGCCGCGGGCGUGAGCGUCGCCGAGGACUCGAGGAGGGCCGCGGGGUCGGACGGGGCCGAGACGGUCGUGGAGGCCGACGAGGUUUGUGACCUGGACUGGGCCAGCGCCACCGGCGCCGACGUCGCGGUCGCGGGCGUGGUCGCGCACCAGGGCACGCACCAUGGGGUGCACGCUGCUCAGUUCCGCUUCUUAGCUGGCGCGCAGUGGAGGUUCGUCCCCGCCCGGGUCCAGCCGGGCGGGGUGUCCAUCACGGGUGCCCAUUCUAGGCUCGUCGAAAUCGGCCAGGACGUGCAGCCGAAGGCCGACGCCGCCCUUGUCCAGCAGGCCGUAGGACCUGGGACGGCUGUUCCGGCCAAGCUCGACUCCAUCGUGCAGGACGUGCCGCGGAAAGCCGACCUUGCGGACUCCGACGCCAGCGCCCGCGCCGGCCAGCUCAGGCGCGCGCUGCACGCUGCCGGCAGGGCCUGCCCAGCCGGGGCGUCGCAGUUGCCCUCGCCGCCGCCGCUGCAGGCCGCUCCGCGCCUGCCGAGCUGCGAGGGCUGCCGCGAGGGCGACUCCGCCUCCGCCACCGCGGACGCCAGCGCCGACGUCGACGGCCCGUGGAGGGCCGCGGGGACGGACAGGGCCGAGACGGAUGUGGAGGCCGACGAGGGUACGAGCCUGAGGGGCGACGUUCCGGCGGCUGGGUUACCGGUGGCGGAGGACCUCACCGUUCGCAUACCCUCGGGUCACGUGGAGGAUUGCGCGCGCGCCCUGGCGAGGCGUGGAGCCGGGCCCUCUGUCAAGGGCACGCAGGUGCUCGGCAGCACGCGGGUGCCGACAGGCACGCUGACGCCCAUCAGCGCGCUCGCAUUCCGAAGCGCGCCUGGGCUUUGCAGCACGCCAGUAUUCGAGAGCGUGCUCCAGCCCAAGUUCGAGGGCAUGGCCAGGCCGGUGCCGGGUGUGGUCGCGCUCAGGGACAUGCAUGGACCCUGGAGCGCCCGGGCGCUCCCCGACAUGCGGGGCCCCUUUUGCACCCGGGCGCUCUCGCUAGACAGCGCGCCGGUGUUCAUGCGCGCCCCGAUGCUCGUGCUCGAUGGUCUGCCCCUGAUCUACUGCGGGCGGGGGCUCACAGGCGCGCCGGUGCUCGACGGGGCACGCGUGCUUGGUGGCGGGGCUGUGCCCCCCGGCGCGCUGGGACGCAGGGGCGCGCUCGCGUCCACACGCGCGCUCCUACUCCUCGGCUCGCCCGAGGUGCAGAUCAUGCUGGUGUUCGACGGCAUGCAGGUGCUCCUGGGCUUACCGGUGUCCCACGGCGCCUUGGCGCUCCUGGACAUGAUGGGCGUGCCCCGCCGUGUGCUGGUACUCCCAGUGCGGUCGUGCUUGAAAGAGGCGUUCUCUGAUUGGGUCAUCCACGACAACCCACCGUCUGCUGCGGGCCCUGGCCCAGCCGGGCCUGUCCGCGGGGGGACCAGCCUUAGGGGCGAGGUUCACGCGGGAGGGGCGUUGCUGGUUGAGGGCCAGGGCACCGCUGGGUCAAGCCGCGUGGGGACCAGCCUCAGGGGCGAAGUGCCAGCGGCGACCCUGCCCGGCUUGGUGAGGCAGCGGGUCAAGGCCUGGGGUGCCUAUGGCACGCGCCCGAGCGACGGGGCUGGCAGCUACGGACGCAGCGGCACCAACUGCAGCUACGCCGGCCGCGGCCCCGAUAGCUGCGACGACGGUUGCGCUGACCGCCUUGCCUACAGGUGCGCCGACGGCUAUGCCUGCGGCGCUGACGGCCGAGCUGACCGCGGCACAGUGGGCAGCCGCGACGACAUCGGCAGUUGCGACGGCAUCGGCAGGGACAGUGGCGCAGCCUGCGGCGCGGACAGCCGCGCCGACUGCGGUGCCGACGGCUGCGCCCACCACGGCGCCGACUGCCGCGCCGACCGCGAGCCCUACGAGGGCACCAGCGGGCUGAUCGAAUGGCCCGCCGACAGGCUCACCGGCUGCGGCACCGACCGCGGCGCCAAUGGCUGCGGUCACGGUGUCUGCGGCACCGGCGGCCGCGCCGACGGCUACCUCGACAGCCACGCCGACGACAGCCUCGUUAGUUACGCCGACAAUGGCACCGACCGCUGCACCGACCACGGCGCUGACCGCGGCGCCGACGGCGGCGCCUACGAGGCAACCCUCAAGGGCGUGCCCGUGGGGGGCGUCUCCGGCCGUGGGGGCCAGUUCGGGCGCGCGUUGCACGCCGCCGGCGGGGCGCUGCCCAGCCGGGGCGGCCUGGCGCCCGCUCCAGGAAGGUUCCAGUUUAUUCAGGAACUGAUUAUCGACAAGGCCGUGCCGCAUGGUCCGCGAGAUCUGGUCUGGCAAUUCCGGUCCACGAUAUGGCACAAGGAGUCCCAGGAGGGAUUGCACAGCGAGACGGGGUUCCUGCGGCUCCAGCCCCUGGCCAUCGACCACGGGCGGCUGGAGCUCGUCGCCGUCGCGCCUUCGGGCCUCUGCGAGAUCGACGAGGGCACGUACUGCGAGGACUCUUUCGACGUGUGGACGAGGUACGGGGGCCUCACCAGGCCAGAGAGCGCUGCUCGACCAUACGUCACCGAGGUGCGGCGGUGGCUGGAGAUCCGACCACAGAAUAGCCCGAUGUCCAUGGAGUACAGGAUCGAGAAGGACGCGCUGGCGGCGCAAGCGGCGGGGCUGCUGUCGCUGAGCCAAGGCUGCGCCCCAGCCGCGGACAGAGCCGGACGCGCCGCGCCCCGCUCGCCGCCCUCUCCGCCCCCGCGCGUGCGGGGCGAGCUCGGCGCCGGCGCGGCGCCAGCGAGGCCGUCACUGCAGCCGAAGCCUCGGCCGCCGCGCCCGCCCGCGCACCACAGGGGCCUCAGGAGCCCCACCAGCGGGAUCUGGCGCGGAGCGGCGCCGGCGCGCGCCCCGCGGAGACCGCGGUCCCCCACGGCCGGGCCGGAGCGGGCGCCGCCCGGGGAUGCUGGGCCGUGCGAGCGGCCUCGGCUUCGGCCUCCGCAGGGCCCGCCGCCGUGGCAGGGGCCAGCACGGCCACGGCCGCCCCCAGAGCGGCGGCGCCUCGCCGUGUGCCGGCAGGCUGCGGGCGAGGAGGGGCACUUCUACAGCAACACCCGAUCGGCCAUCCUGCGACCUGGGCCGGCGUCGCGCCCCAUGGCGGCCGCCGCGGGCGCGCGGCGCUGGGCGCGCGGGCUCGCGAGACCCGCCCGCACGGCGGCGGCGAGCCGUGCCGGGGGCUGGGCGGCUGCGGCAGCGGGCCCUCGCGCGGACGGCGGCGACCGCGGCCACGGCGGCGGCCAGCGCGGCCGAUUCGGGCGCCUCGCUGCCGGCGCGGUCGCAUGCGCGGCCAGCGCCGGGGCUGCGCAGUGCCAGGGCGAGGGCGACGGGCCCGAGCAGCUGCCCUUCCUGUGGGCGUCGGACCAGUGCGGGCUGUGGACGCGCGAGUGGGACGCGGACUGGGACGGCCGAGCGCCCCCGACGCCACCAGAGGGCACCCCAAAAUUGAAGGCGCAGGGGCGCAUCCGGCAUCUCCUCUUCAUCCGCCAUGGCCAGUACGACCUGGAGAGCGACGAGCACGGGCUGACCGAGCUCGGGGUGCAGCAGUCCCGUCUCCUCGGCAAGCGGCUGGCGGCGGCCAGCGGCGCCACGUUCAAGGACCGCUACGGGGCGUACGAGGUGAAGUUCAGCGGGAUAUGGAGCAGCGACGUCCUGCGGGCCCGGCAGACGGCAGAGAUCCUCGCUGAGUGCAUGCCCUGCGUGGAGCUCAAGCCGCCGGACCCCCUGCUCGCGGAGGGCUCCCCGUGCGCCCCGCACCCGCAGAGGGCCAAGGGCGAGAUCCGCGCCUCCACCCUGUGGGAGGACAGCGCGCGCAUCGAGCUCGCCUUCCGGCGCUACGUCCACCGAGACGUGGACCACAAGCGGCUCGCCGAGAGGCAGUUGAGGGAGCAGAAGAAGCGCGAGAAGGAGGAGCGGGCGCGGAAGAGGCAGCAGAAGCAGGGGGAGGAGCCCGAGCGCACGGGCGCCGACUACUACCCCGAGCGGCCGGCGGAGCCGCCCGCCCCGGACGGCGCGGCCGCCGCGCCCGAGAAGGCCGAGGGCGCGGAGAAGGCGCCCGAGCCGGAGCACACGUUCGAGGUGAUCGUGUGCCACUGCAACGUGAUCCGGUACUUCGUUUGCCGCGCCCUACAGUUGCCCCCAGAGGCUUGGCUCCGCAUGGGAGGCUACAACACUGGGAUCACCGAGAUCGUCCCGGGGUCUGGUUCUGUGCGGUCUUGUGCUGCCCUGGUCGUCGUCAAGCCGAACGGCUCGGCCUCCCUUGUGCGGUUUGCGGACACGGGGCACCUGCAGGUGGAGGCUACCACCUUCCACUGA